AUGCUUGUCGCAUUGAUCGGCAUCCCUAAAACGGCAAUAACAACAACAGCAGUGACCACAACAACGGCAACAACAACAACCUCAACCACGAAAACAACAACUUCAACGACGACAACAACAACCUCAACGACGAAAACAACAACCUCAACGACAACAACAACAACCUCCACGACGAAAACAACAACCUCAACGACGACAACAACAACUACUACUGUGAUUGGUCUUUUAGGUGGCUCAACUACAGUAGGCACUCAGCUUGUUACUAAUUAUAUUAAUAAUGGAAGCGGUGUAAUUCCAUACACUCAAUUGUGGUUUUUCGAUCCAAAUGGAACUGUUCGAAACGCGGCUGCUGGAUUGGUGAUUCAGAUCAGUGGUGGUAUUUCCGGAACGAAUCUCGUUCUAGGGACAAAUAUCGUGGCACAAAAUCAAAUAUGGUUAUUUAGUGGCGUAACGAUGUCUUGUCCAGCUGCAAGUAAAGUUAUGGAUAUCCCAGCAAGCAAUGCAGCUCCUAAUACAUAUGUUAUUGCUUGGUCUUCGAGUGGUGGUACUAAUCAAAAAUGGACCAGAAUCCUAUAUACAUGUUGA